AUGGCAACUACUGGGGAGUACAUUAUCGUUGUCAUCAACGGAAUCAACACCGUGGUGACCAUUGUCGGUGGUCUUCUCACCAUACUGACCAUCUGUACACGUCCGGCCCUACGGAAACUGGUCAACGCACCUCUGGUCAGUCUCAGCUGUGCAGAUAUCCUCUUUGCCAUCUUGUUUUCCCCCUUUUGGAUCCAUCAAAUCCUAAACCCCCUAUGGGAGCCCCCACCAGCACUGUGCUGGGUUCUCGCCUAUUCCACUCCAGUGCUGUUGGGGGUAUCGUUAUGCCACAUGUUGUGUAUCGCUCUUCAGUGUUACUUCAAGAUCUGUACCCACAGUACACGUCUAAAUUCCUCACGUACCCUCGUCAUCAUGCUCUUCAUCACAUGGUUGGCCCCCAUGGUUUCAUUCUUGCCUCUUCACAUCAUUGAAGAGGUAAAGGUGGACCCGAAGCUGAAAAAAUGUUCCGUGGGAAAUUCUGACAAAAUCUGGGCAUUGAUGCCCCCCCUCAUUUUAAACACCAUCCUACCAUACAUUGCUACACUGGCCUUUUACAUCCUUAUCCAGAACCAUGUGAGGAAGAGUAAGAAACGAGUCCAGGCUAACGCACAGGGUCCUUCAGCUCGUUUGGCGGUGAAGUGCACACAGGGGGAGGGGGGUGGUGCCGGCCCUUCCACCAGCACAGAAACCGGCAGGGUGGCAAAGCCUGUACGAAAUCGAAACAGUUUGGUGUGGGCGGGGGAAGAAAUGUCCACAUCAAGUGAUGGCGAACAGAAAGCCAGUGACCAGAUAAAGCCCAGUAAACCUAAAGAUGCCAUGAUCCUGGUUGCUCCGGCACCAGGCACAGAGCUAAAUGAACAGGGCAAAACAUCUUUGUCAAGUGAUGAGGAACAAAAAGGCAAUGACCUCACAGAGCCCGAUAAAGCCCAAGACAUGACCCCAACUGUCGCUACAGUGUCACAACAGACAGGCAAAACUGGACGACAGCAGCACGCUGUCCCGGGCAGCAGCUCACAAAACAGCAGUAGUGCUGCUGAAAGGCAGAUCACCAAAAUGAUGAUGAUGUUGUUUGCUGUCUACACUUUGUGCUUUAUACCCAUUACUAUAAUGGGGAUUUUCUCCAGCCAAGUUCCUGCCGAAGCCUUCAAUGUGGGCCAGUUGUUGUUGGCAUUAAAUGGUUCCCUGAAUCCAAUCGUAUAUGGCGUCAUGAACAAAAACAUUCGUCAGGGAUACAAGCAUGUUUUGACAAGGUCCUCUACUUCAUAA